AUGUCAUUAAAGUCUAAAAGAAGUGAGUUAUUGGCUUCAGCUUCGAAUUUGUACGUGAAACUGAGGCCUAAAAAAUGCUCCCAGACGUCUAUCUCUCCUAUCGAUACGACUCCAUUAGUCACAAACUUCGCUAAAUGGUCAGGAAAACGGAAGUUGUUACUUUUGACCAAGAACUCAAGCCUUUACAAUGAAACUAAACCCAUGGGACUUGAUUGUAACCUAUUCGCGAGUUUACUGUCUUCGCCAAUGAGAUGUGAUAAAAUCGCGAAACUCAAAACUCCACAAGACAUGUUGAUUAAAUUGAAGGUUAGGCAAUCAAAAACAGCUGAAGUUGAUUCCCCACAAAAACAGAUCGAUAGUUUCAACCUUUUACCCGUGGUCAAAUCCGAUAAAAUAGGCCAAAGUUCUUACGUCACAAAUAAUCUACGAGCUUUAGAGAACGAUGCAAAGAAAGCUAAUAAUGCCCUUCCGACUUCCGUGAGAAACUCAACCAUGAGAAGUAUUGAAAGCAGUGAAAUUAAAGUGGACAUAACCUCCAUCAUUGCCAAUAACAAGCAAGGGCUACUAAAUUUGAUUAAGAAAGAGCUGAAAAAACAUCAAGUCGCGGAAAGAGAACCACUUCUAGAAACAACCAACGAUGUUGUUUUUCUAGUUUUUGACGAUAAACUUGAUAACGAUAUUGAAAUAGGACCAUCAAAAGAAGGCGGUGAAAGAAAAACUAUAACAUUAAACUUGAAGAAUUUAGGGCAUUCGGAGCUUGGGCGUAUAAUGGGCGCUGAUUUUGUUGAAGGUGGUCGGAGAAUUUUCCUACGCUUUUCACAACACCAAGAAUUAAUCAUCGCAGUCUACAAGCUCUUGGCCGUGUCUCAUUAA